CCCCACCCCGCCAUACUGUUGCCAAGAAGUACUCGAUUCACUACAUCCAACAGAAGGUUGAUCACUUUGGAUUUACUGCUGAUGAAACUUUUAAACAGCGGUACCUAAUAGCUGAUGAACACUGGAAGAAAAAUGGUGGAUCAAUACUUUUCUACACUGGUAAUGAAGGGGACAUUACCUGGUUUUGCAAUAAUACGGGGUUCAUGUGGGAUGUGGCUGAUCAACUGAAGGCUAUGUUGGUGUUUGCAGAACAUCGAUACUAUGGAGAGUCCCUACCUUUUGGUAACAAAUCAUUCAAGGAUUCCAGACACUUGAAUUUUCUGACAUCAGAACAAGCUCUGGCUGAUUUUGCAGUGUUAAUCAAACACUUGAAAAGAACAAUCCCAGGAGCUAAAAAUCAACCUGUCAUUGCCGUAGGGGGCUCUUACGGUGGCAUGCUUGCAGCCUGGUUCAGGAUGAAAUAUCCUCAUAUGGUGGUUGGAGCUCUAGCAGCCUCUGCCCCCAUCUGGCAUUUUGGUAAUCUGGUACCUUGUGGUGUAUUUAUGGAGAUUGUAACUAAAGAUUUUAAGAGAAGUGGUCCAAAUUGUUCAGAAACCAUCCGCAGCUCCUGGGAUGCUAUUAAUCGAUUCGCAAGAACAGGUGCUGGCUUGCGUUGGCUUUCUGAAGCCCUUGGCUUAUGUACUGCAUUAACAAAUACUGAGGAUGUCCAGCGUUUGAAAGCCUGGAUCUCUGAAACCUGGAUAAAUCUGGCAAUGGUAGACUACCCUUAUGAGUCUGACUUUUUACAGCCUUUGCCUGCUUGGCCUAUCAAGGUAGUGUGCCAGUAUUUGAAAAAUCCCAGUGUAUCUGAUGCACAGCUUCUGCAGAAUAUUUUCCAAGCUCUGAAUGUCUAUUACAAUUAUUCAGGCCAGGCAAGCUGCCUGAAUAUAUCAGAGACAACAACUAGCAGUCUGGGAACUCAGGGUUGGAGCUAUCAGGCCUGCACAGAAAUGGUCAUGCCUUUUUGUACUAAUGGUAUUGAUGACAUGUUUGAACCUCACUUAUGGAACUUGGGGGAAUUUUCUGAUGACUGUUUCAAACAGUGGGGUGUAAGACCAAGGCCUGCCUGGAUCAUUACUAUGUAUGGAGGCAAAAACAUCAGUUCACACACGAACAUCAUUUUUAGCAAUGGUGAACUAGACCCCUGGUCAGGAGGUGGAGUAACCAAGGAUAUCACAGACACCUUGGUUGCAAUCACCAUCCCAGAAGGGGCCCAUCAUCUAGAUCUCCGAGCCAGAAAUGCCUUUGAUCCCACGACCGUGCUAUUAGCCCGCUCCUUGGAAGUUAGACACAUGAAGCAGUGGAUCAGAGAUUUCUAUGCCAGUCUGAGAAAGAAGCACUGAGCAAUUUUGAUCAUUUUCAGUUUCUUUUAUGUUCAUUCUACCCAUGUUCCCAUUCAUUUUGGUUUUCUACAUGUAAUUACUUUUCCUUGUUUGUCAUUAGAUUUGGUGGGGCGAAGGUUGAGAUAGAAGAGAGGGUGAUGGUGGGGACAGCAGCCAUCCCAUCCCGGGUCCUCGCCAUCUUCACGCCACCUCCAGGAAGAAUCUCUUUGUGACAGCUUUCCUACACCAUCAGUGGCCCUCAUAACUGGAGCAGAGUUCCUGACUGCCUUUCUCAAGAGGGAGAGUCACUUCCUUUGUUUCUCUGCAAGCAGGGCUUUCUUUUGGUUUUGAGGUUAAAGUCUCUUUGGUCCAUUUGUCACUCCCCAUGCCUCCCCCCGAAAAAAAGAAAAGCAGAAAAUAGAUAAAAAUGAUGUAAUUGCAGCUGGUAGGAAGGAUGUCCGAUGCCAAUCCAGGAAAUGGAAGCCAUUUCUUUUGUACUUGAUUUAAUGACUUUGAACUGUGCUGUAAAUAAAGAAUAAGGCUGGACCUUAUACCUGUGUGUUGCUUCUGAAGCUCACUCCAGCUGUUGGGAAUGCUGUGCGCACUGGGCUUGGCUGCUUUUGGAAAGUCCUUUAAUUUUCUCUCUUCUAUUUGGCAGCUUUUCUCCGUUCUGGGAUAUUUGCCACUGUGGUACUGCCAGUGAGAAAUCUGGCCUUUUUCUGCUCCAUUUCUCUUUGUUCCUAAGGUCAGUUUUGUGGUAAUUCGGUUACAUUUUGCCAGUUUAGGAGAAUGACUCUGUUUGCUUUUGCUUUUACAUCCGAGCAAGCUUUUAUAUACUGCAGUCACUGACAAUACUUCAGUGAGAAGCCUUUAAAAAUUGAUGAAUCAACUAUUUAGAAGAUAGAAUGUAGUUAUAUUCAGCAUUUUGUUUUUUAAAUUUUAUUUUCUGGUGGUUGUUACUGCUGUCAUUAAAGUCAGAAGUGUCAGGGUGCUAAGAGGCAGGUGCACGAGAACUUUUCUGUAUGGCUUCCAAAAGACAAGCUGAUUAAUUCAUGCAGGCAGCAUAUUUGACAUUAAUAAAUGGCCGAGCCAUUCCUAUUUCCAAGGGGUUGGCUUCUUUCAAGCAGUUCUUACACUGAGACCUUUCUUCAGAAGAGCUUUUCUAGGAUAACAAAUAGGGUUGGAUCAAAACCUUUCAGGGACACAGAGAGAGACUAACAGUUUCUACUCUGUUGAAAGAUUUCUUCCCCCUUGUUGCUUUUUAUUUUCUCUCAGUAAUUUUUUUUUUCUUCACCCUGCCUUGGGAACAUUUUCUACUUUUCAAAAACUGUACCUUGAGCUCAGUCAUUUCUAAAGCACUUAUUUUUUUAAAUUGCAGAUAUAGAGUGCAUUCUUGGGUGGGAAACUGAAAUAUUUCCCUUACUUUCCUGGCAUCUGGGAGAUACAGAAAAAAUCUUUGUCUGGUUUCGGAAGCCUUCAGUUCUCAUUGUAAUGAGUUGUCCAUCAAAGCAUUUGGUCGCUAUUUUAGUUUCAGCAUCAGAGAAAAGUCUGCUGAAGUGAGAAUUUAAGGGUCGAAACAAUACUAGUUUUUAUUCUGUACCACCUAAGAAGUUAUGUAAUGCAGGGUUUAAGGGCUUAAUAGAGGGGAUGCUUACUAUUUAUUUUAGGUGCUAUUGACUUUGUGAUAUUUUCCUUGAAACCUUCUACUUGUUUAGGAUCUUUAAAAUAUUUUGCCAUUUGAUUUAAUAUUGGUUGUUUGGAUGAGUUACAUUUUUGUGAAGAGACAUAUUGCCAAAAAUUGCUAUAUUUUUAUGCAAGUAUGAUUUGGUCUUAUGUACAUGUUUUUCAAUGUAUGUUUCAUUACAGACAGCAACCUUAAGUUAGCCUAAUUAUGAUAUGCUAGAAUUUAAUUUUAAAUUGAAAAAGAAUUGGAACAUGAAAUAAACUUUAUUUAAAGCA